AUGAAACACAAUGCAGGAAAGCGUGCUCAAAUAGCUGCAGGUGUAAACAGAACUAUCAGGGAUACUCCUACUUCCUCGUGCUGGACAUGGACGAGGGAUCUAAAUAAUCUUGAAGAAGAGUAUGGAUUUGAUGGCCACAACCUCUCUACUCGAGUUGACUUGUCUGGUUUAGAAUCAACCGGAAGAGACUGCAAGCCUUGUGGCACAACCAUCAUUCCUUAUCCACUGAGCACUGGACCGGAUUGCGGUGACCCCAUGUACUUCCGUUUCAACUGCAGCAUCAUCACAGGCCAGGUUAGCUUCGUGGGACCGAAUGGCACCUUCUUUAGAGUUAUUAGUGUCAACCAAAGCGCACAAAGAUUCGCCAUCCAAACAAAAAAUGUGGAUUAUUGUGAUCUAAACAGAAUCCAAGGUCAGCAGCUGAACCCUCGAUUUCCAUUCAGUGUGACCAGAUGGUGCUAUGUUCACCCGGGAAAUUUUAGUUCUCAACUUUCAUCUGGAGAUACUAAUGCAGUAGAGUUAGGUUGGGAGCUGCCUCUGGAACCAACCUGUACAACAUCUGCAGACUGCAGGGGUUGGCCACAUUCAACUUGCAGUCCAGCAAGAGAUAGAAAGAAAAGAUGCCUUUGCAAUGCCAAUUAUCAAUGGAGUGGCUUUGACUUAAAUUGUACUCAAGGUGAGAACGCCAUGUUAGGCUAG